GCACAUAGGGAGACUCGUUCUUGCCAUUGUCGCCUUCACGGUGAGGAGAAUCCAAAUAGACAGCCCAUUGAAAGACUGUACAUGAAUUUCCCACUGAAAGCACAAAUGUUACUUGCUGCUUAGAACAAGGUCCUUUGGUAUUAUCUUUGCAGAGAUAAAAAACAAAAACAUGGAAACUUCUUCUCAGUCCGAUACCUGGACUCUAGACUUCUUGAAUAGUUCUGAUGAGCCGUCACAUGAAAUGGAUUAUUCAGACUUUGUUGAGUUCCUCUGGUUUCUUACGUCAAUGUCCAAAGCUUAUACAAUUAUACAGAUUCUAUCGAUCGUUUGCUACAGCAUCACAUUCAUUAUUGGAGUCAUAGGAAAUGGUCUAGUCAUUUGGGUUGCCAGCUACAAGAUGAAGACCGUCAAUUCUGUUUGGUUCCUAAACUUGGCCAUUGCCGAUCUCAUCUGCAACCUCGCCCUUCCCCUCCGUAUUUCGCAAUGGGCGUUUUUGGAAACGUAUUCUGAAAGACACGUGUGUAAACUUGCCAUGUCCGUGAUGCUCAUCAACAUGUUUUCUAGUGUCUAUUUUUUGACUGUUAUCAGUGUGGACAGGUGUGUCUCCAUCAUGUGGCCGUUUUGGAGUCGAAUAUACAGGACACGUAGACUGGCCAGCAUAGUAGCAGCGUUUACUUGGCUGCUUUGUGUGUUGAGCAGCGUGCCGCAUGUGGUGCGCAAAUACAUCAUAGAAGACAACUCAGACUGCUUUCCUAAGUAUGAGGCAUGGCUUAGAGAGGAUCUAGAGGAUCUAGAUAAUCAAAAGGUUGAUAAGAUGUUUAUCAUUCAAAAUGUAUGUAUGUUUUCAUUGCCAUUUAUUAUAAUUACCAUCUCCUAUGUUCUAAUCGCUUACAAAAUCAGAUCUCUUAAAAGAUCAAAAAUUUCGCAAAAACACUUAAAGGUCAUCAUUGUCAUUGUGCUUUGCUUCUUCGUCUGUUGGUUUCCCUACAAUACGUGGCCAUUUGUUCCUUACAACAGCAAAUACUGGAAAGCCAACAUGAUCAUCUCGGAAAUUUGCGUCUGCUUGGCUUAUUUCAACAGCUGCAUCAAUCCGCUCGUCUAUGUUUUGUGUUCCCAAGAUUUAAAAAAAGGUUUUAUAAAGUCCAUGCCGGCCAGACUGGAAUACAUCUUCAGCGAACGGCCUGACGUCAACGCCGAUAAAUCUGCCUGUGACAAAACAAGAGUUGAACUAACCACAUGCGGAUUAGCGUGAGUUUCCGGUUGCCCGCUGGUCAAAAAAAUAAAAUAAAAAUGGAACAAGGACUAAUGAACUCAGAAAAUAAUAAAUUGAAACAGAAGCAUUACAUAUUGCGAUUAACCUAUUAAAGGAGUAGAGGAUGUUAAUAGUUUAACCCCUUC